UUGUAUUUCAAAUUAUUGUUUUAUAAAUUAUAAUGCAAAUCAAUAAUUUUGUUAUUUUGAAUCAAAAUUUCGUUCAAAGUUCAUUUUUGAAUCAGUUCUGUAAAAUGUUUUUAUCUGCUUUUUCUAAUGACCUCACCAUGUAUAGAUUUUACAUUCAACUUUGUGUUGUAGGAUUCUUUCUACAGUAUAGGUGCUAGGUUUAUUUAAAAAAAUUUUUCUCUUACUACAUCACAAUGCCAAUUGAAGAUGGAGUUCCAGGUUUAGGUGAAAACGACCAAAUCUAUGCUAUUUUGGGAAAAUUUAACCACAAAGAGUUUCUCAAGUUUGCUCAGCUUGAGCAGGGCUUAGGUUUGUCCAAUAAGAUAAUCGAUGGAAUUGAAUCAGAUUGCGCAAACAAGGGGGUGGAAGAACAACAGUUCCAGAUGGUGAGAAAAUGGAAAAUGAGAAAUGGUUCAAAGGCGACUGUGGAAGUAUUAAAAAGCAAAGCAAACAGAUAUUUAGGUACUACAUACAUAACACCUGAAGAAGCUAGUGCAACACCAACUCAACCAUCACCCAUUGGGCAACAAACAAAUAACCCAGACACCCCAUUUGUGAUUCUACUUCGAAGAGUUUCUUCUCAACUGGAUGAAAAUAACUUGAGAAUGUUACGCAAUAACUAUGCUUAUUGUACUGGAGCCAGAAAUUUCCGAACUGCUUUAGAAUUGUUCCAAUAUUUGGAGGAAAACAACCUGUGGGGUUGUGGAACUGAGGAAGAAAAAGUAGAAAUUUUAGUUCGGAAAAUGCGACAGUUGGGACGACAUGAUGUCGUUGAAAUAAUUCAAAAUUUUCAACUUCAUGCAAACCAGCAACAAGAUGUCACUCUUACGCAUGAGAUUGUUCGAGAAUUAGCUGAAAGAUCAAACUCAUCGACUCCAUUUGUUGAAAAUGUGGACGCAACUUAUGUUUCUGUUCCAAGAACUGAAAGCCCAGUUCCUGCAAGUAUCAGUUCGAGUUAUUUGGGCAACAUGGCUUUGGGAGACCAAUCUGAUCCAAUAUCUGAAGACAUAUGCAGUUUCCAGGGAAACAAUGUUCAAGUGUUAGAGUCCGAUGACAUGUCUUAUGUAACUCACUUUAGUAAAGUAGGGGUUUACACUGUUAGAAGCAAGGAACCAAAAGGUCAUGUUUUAAUACUGAACAACUACGAGGGGUUCGCUUGGGGACCAGAUCAUGACAGAAAGGGAGCUAAGAGAGAUGGAGAACUAAUGAAGCAAUUAUGGGAGGGGUUUCAAUGUAAAGUUAUUGUGAAAGAAAACAGAACUGCUGGGGCAAUGUUCAAAUUCUUGAAUGAUUUUUCAAGAAGCAGUUUUCAUCAAUCGUGUGACUUCUGUGCCGUGGUCAUUAUGAGCCAUGGAGGAUUGGUUGACAAUCGUGAUGUUUUCUAUGGGGUGGAUUGCCGUACUAUCGCAGCCAAUGACGUGCUUGCAUUGUUCAAAAACACACACUCCAAGUAUCUCAUUGGACGGCCCAAGCUUAUCUUUUUUCAGUGUUGCCGCGGAGGUUCUUCUUCACGUGGAGUGCCUUUCGUGGACGCCGCAGAUGCUGUGAACCGCUUGCUUCCACCUAGUGACCAAACUGAUGGUAUUGAUAAAACUACGCUUCCUCAUAUGAGUGAUAUCUUGGUGGCUUACUCUACAUUGGAAGGUGACAUGUCCUUCCGUAAUGAAGCAACAGGUUCUUGGUUCAUCAAUGCGAUUGCAACAGUGUUUUCAAAGAAAGCAAGGACAGAACAUGUAGUUGACAUGCUUACUGAGGUGGGUCGUGGGGUUUCUCAUCGCGCUGCUAACACCCCAGACAACAUGGCCACUCAUAGAUGCAAAGAGAUGUCAGAAUACAAAAGCACUUUGAGGAACAAACUUUAUCUUUUUCCUGGUUUCCCAAAAGCAGAAGAAGAAGAUAAUUCAUUGUUCAUGUAACAUUUUUUGCAGAGGAUAAAAUUUGAGUGAAAAAACUCCAGUUUUUAUGUGUGUGAAAAAAUUCAAAUAGAGCUAAUCAAAGACAAUGUUUUAUUUCAAACAGUUUUAAAUUAUUUUGUAAAUAUCCCACUUUUUAAUGGAGAUGUUUUAAAACCAUGAACUUUUGCUUAAAUAUUGUUCAUUCUUGUAAUUAUGUUCCAAAGUUUGCCGCAUUUUUUCAAUAAAACUUAUUAAUUAUUAAUUAUCUUAUUAAUUAAUUGCCUUUGUAAUGUGUAUUAUAUUUACUGUAUAAUGUAGCCCAACGGUUUGGGAUUUGCCAAAUUUUAAAUAUAUUUUCGCCU